CAAUUUAAUUCAAUUCUCCAAUGACCUGGACGAGGGGCCCCACCAUCGGCCGAGGAUCCACCGCGACGGUUUCCCUCGCCGCCACCCCCGCCGGCGACAUCUUCGCCGUGAAGUCCACCGAUCUCGCUUCCUCCGCCUUGCUGAAGAAGGAGGAAUCAUUCAUCUCCCACCUCUCCUCUCCCUACGUCAUCCGCUGCUUAGGCUCCGACGUCACAAUCCACGAUCACAAACCCCUCUACAAUCUGUUUCUAGAAUAUUCCAGCGGCGGUUCGCUUUCCGAUCUGAUCGCCAAGCGCGGAGGCGCCUUGGACGAGAAAACCAUCCGAUUUUACUCCAAGCAGCUCCUCACCGGAUUGGAUUAUCUCCACCGGACCGGAUUGGUGCACUGCGACAUCAAAGGCCAGAACGUCCUCGUCGCCGGCGGCGGCGCCGCGGUGAAGAUCGCCGACUUCGGUUGCGCGAAAUGGGCGGGAUCCGGCGGGUGUUUCGCCGGAACGCCGGCCUACAUGGCGCCGGAGGUCGCGCGCGGCGUGGAGCAGAGUUUUGCGGCGGAUGUGUGGUCUGUGGGAUGCACGGUGAUCGAAAUGGCCACCGGGCGCCACCCCUGGCCGGAGAUGAAGGAUCCGGCGGCGGCGAUUUACCGGAUCGCGUUCUCCGACGACGUGCCGGAGCUGCCGGGGUGGUUUUCCGGAGAGGCGAGGGAUUUCGUGGGGAAGUGUUUGGUGAGGGACGCGAGGAGGCGGUGGACGGCGGCGGAGCUGCUGCAGCAUCCGUUUUUGGAUUUGGCGGAGGAGGAAGCGUCUCCGACGAGUGUUACGGAUCAAGGAUUUUGGGAUGCGAUCGAGGCGUCGGAGUGUUUGGAAAUUGCGACGGAGACAGCGUUGUCGCCGGAAAUGGAUUCUCCGGUUGAUAGGAUCGGAGCGUUGGUCGGCGGUGGCGGUCCGAGUUUUGAUGAGGAUCGAGAGUGGGUGACGGUUAGGGCUAAUGAAGUUGAAGAUUCGAUUGAGGAAGAGGAAAUUUCAUAUUGUGAUUUGGUGGUGAUGGAGGAUUAUUCUAGGUUUGAUUUUUGCAGUGGAGAUUUUGAUUUUGUAACAUCUUCUUCAUUUGCACAAAAAUUAUUUGUGUAUUCAGAUAAUUAUGUUAAUGGAAUUAUUUCUUCAUCAAGAUCAAGUAUAUUCUUCAUUUUUAGUACUCAUGCUUCAUAAGAAGUUGGUGUUAUU